CUUGCCAAAUUAGUGGCCCUAAAUGCUGUUUUGACAACGCACAUAGCGCAUUCCGUAGUGCAACAAUUAAUCUAAUCAACUACAGCGGAUCCGAUAUUACUUUUGUAGAUGCGACUCUCGACCGCGGAAUCUGGACCUCACAAUGCAAUCCCAACGUAAUUGAUCGAAUUCACAAUGGCCAAAACAUAACCUUUGCCAACGAAUCAACAGGAAAACUUAAUAAUUUGGGUUCAGUUCGCUUUAUUGUUGGAUGCACGUACAUUCUUAACAUCUAUUGGGAGAACCCUAUAUAUGAAAGAAAUUUGUAUUUUGUUUAUAUUUCUCCAUCCAAUUCUCCUUAUGUAGUAGAAGAGACUGGUGGACAUGGUUAUAAUUCGCUUUAUUCUAUUACAAUUAGAAUGAAAUAG